AUGUUUAGUAAACAGAAAAAUGUUACAUUAGAAAUCUCACUGGAUGAUGAUUUUAAUGGUAUAAUGUAUGGUCUCCCAGAAGAAUCAUACGGAUGUAAACUCAAGGGAAAAGUCAUUCUUAAAAACAAAAAUUCGCUUCCGGUAAAGCAUUUAUUGUUUGUAUUCCUUGGCAAGACUUCCGUUUCAUGUGGACCUCCUAUGUCUUCUAAUAGACCAGAAUUUAGUGAAUCUCAAACGAUAUUUCGGAAACAGUGCGUAUUUCAUAAGUCGGAAACAACAAACAGGAAAAUCCAUGCCGGUACACAUGAAUAUUUUUUUGAAUUCGAUCUACCCGGAAAUUUACCAUCUUCGUUUCAGGGAUCACGUGGAAAAAUCGAAUAUUCUUGUUCCGCAAUCCUUGCGAGACCAUUAUUUCGUAACGAUAUAUUAGUAAAGAAACCUAUAUAUAUCAAACGAUGUCUGAUGGAUGAAAUGUUGUCACAUAAUUCAACAUUUACUGAAGGAGUUCUGGAUGGCCGAAUCAGUUAUCAAAUUAAUACCCCUAUCAUAGCAUAUCGUGAAGGCGGUUUAGUCCAAACCGAAUUAACAUUAAAACACAUGAAUUCUGAUACGGUCAUUGAAGCUGUUGAAUAUGGAUUAAAAGAGCGAAUUCAUUAUCAUACAACAGGUGAACAAGAUCUGACCAUCUUGGCAGACGUUGACGAAGAUCGUUACCCACUUGGCAAGAAGAAAGUUCCUAUCGACUCAUUCUUUCACGCUGGUUCGGAUCCGAUUAGAAUCAAUUUUCGUUUAUGUCCAUGGGUUAGUUCUGAUAUAGAUUCCCCAUUAAUUAACGUUCAUCAUAAAUUAACAUAUAAUAUCUGCGUCACGGAGACAAUUUCUGCUGAAACGGAAAACGCUUCAAGUGUGAACGCAUCCACAAUAACUUCUUCUGCUCAGGGAAGCCGUCGAUAUUCUGUUCCAACUUCUACAAGAAAUCUAGAAAGGGGUGAAGGAAGAAGAAGAACAUAUCGAAAUUCUUCUUUAUUACCUAAUAAUAGAAAUUCAAGAACUUUUUCCAUAAAAACAAUUCUUAAUAAUUCCUCUCAAAAUAAAAUUGUAAAGUCUCACUUACAUUUCGAAAUUCCAAUCAUAAUCACAACAAAAUCUUGUAAACCGAGACAACAAGCUCCCCUUUACACUUCUAUUGAUCAACCUCCAGACUACGUGAUCGCUUCGAUGAUUCCUCCUCCACCUGAAUAUGAGGAUGCAUAUGAAUCCAUAGAAGAAGACGUCUCUGAUGACGAAUAUGAAAUG